AUGGCCGGCAUGAAGCGGUUUCGAGUUUUUUUGGCGCUGGUUUUCACAUCUUUUUUGAUCUUGAUGUUCAAGAGCAAGAGCAAUGAAGCAGGCACCCAAUCUUCACAAUUGCCCAAUAAUGUAAUCACUGCGCAGCAUCUAGGUGACGCUUCUCUUAACAUCGACACCUCUCCUCACCAAGUGGAGAUUCCGAUCCUCGACGACAACCUAGAGAUUCAGCCGCCGCCGCCGCCGCCACCACCACCACUACUACCACAGGCGCAACUCAUUCCCGAUGCACAUAAACUCGCGACGUCAGAUGAUUUCAUCCCCCAUUUUGCGGCCAUCACAGGUUUGAAGGGCAUCUCCCAGCGUGAGGCCCGCGUAACAUGUACCUGGCCCGCCGACACAUACGUCAAUUUUCAGUUCUCGGACUCUCUGGAAUGGGUCAUUGAAGACCGUCCGGUACUGGAGAUCGAGCUCCGCCGGCGCGAGUGGCAUGACUUUAUUCGGGGCAAGAUGAUUCCGUACGCGAGCGUCAAGGAUAGCUUCCGUGGCCGAGGGUUGGUCAUUGUUGCAGGUAACGCGGACACAGUGAUGCGCGUCAAGGUCAUCUUGCGCCAGUUGAAGAAACUCAGUUCUACUCUUCCCGUAGAGAUUCACUACUGA